GUCAACAUAGUGUAAAUUCUGAUGGAUUUGAUGUUUGACCUUCCAAAUACUGUGAUAUGCCGGCUUAAGCAAUGGGUUACUCGUAUCACUCAACAGGAAGCCGACUGCGUUAAGAUUUUUAGAUGAUCGCUAUAAAAAAUCUUAUUAUGAUGUCGAUUUAUAGCUUGUGCGACAAUAAACCAAGGUUACGUCAGGACACGUGCUUAAACUUUCUGGUGGUUAUCCAUCUUCAUAGGUAUGACCCAAAGUAUGGAGAGGCUAGGGCUUCGAAAAGGAAAGUUCCAUCAUUACCGGUAAUGAAAUAUGGGGAGUAUUACAUUUCAGCUUAAGCCAGAAAGAAGCAAAAAGGAAGGACACAAACAGCACAUCCCGUCAGAAGAAUAUUCCGACCCAUCUGUUUUGUCUGAAGCAGACGUAGUCCACGUUGCUAAUCAGGCCAGCGGCAAAGAACGCAACGACGAAAGUGAAGUUACACAAAAUCCUGAACCUCAAGGUUCCGAUGGUGUUUCUAAUAAAAAAUCACCUGAAGAUGGAAAAGUCAACGGUGAUCGGGAUUAUAUAGAAACGACAAAUAAUAAAGCCCUUCAUAUAGAAACAACACCAGUUGUACCCAAGACACCUCUAAGAAAGGCUGUCGUAGUGGAACUUCCAAAUAAAAAUAGCCAAACCAUGGAUAACAGCAAUAACACAAAUGAUUUUCAAAUAUCUGGUACUGUGGCUUAUCCGAAAAUAUUUGAAGAGCUGUUCUCUGGUUUAUCAAUACCUGUUGAUAUACCUGGCACUAGGGAUCAAGUUUUGGAGAAAAAUAACGCUCCGGAAAGUCUCAGGACCCAGGUAUUAAUCUGGGUAUUAUAACAGAAGUAGUUAAGCCACUUCAUAUCUUAUUACUCUUCAAUAUACUCCAUUUUAUUCUCUCAGCUUUGAUGCCUUAAUAAUUCUCCAUUUAAAUAAGCCCAAUUUAUAACAACUGUCUUAAGGAUUGCUUUUAAUAUUACUAUUCAGAACUUUCCUUUCCAUUAGUAUCAGGUCUUAUAGAGAUGUAGCAUGGCUCCCAUCCAGAAAACAUCAAAAUCAUGACUACAAUAGUCCCAUUAUACAUAAUGAAAUCCAAACCAAAACAGACCCGGCAACUAUUAGAAACGGCAAAGAAAGAAACAAAUGGUCUAUGAAUGACUUGUAUUGACAAACACUAAUCUACGAAAAUGUAAUUUCAGUCUGUUAUAAGAAAACCGAAGCCACUGCAUCUCGUGAGUCAGGACUACAUCAAACAUGUUGCCUCUGCCAUUCAAGACGAACUAGAAGAAAUUAGCGGCAAUAUAAAUAAAAAGAAAAGCGACGA